AUGGACAAAUUCUUUAUGGAGGAUACAGCUACUAGCCAUGAUAGUUACUGGGGAGGCAGGACACCCUCCCGUGAUGUCCUCCUGGUUUCAGUCAUCAUCACCAUUAGCCUUAGUGUCACCAUUGUCCUGUGUGGAAUUUGCCAGUGGUGUCAGCGCAAACUGGGCAAGCGUUAUAAAAAUUCCUUGGAGACUGUGGGAACUCCAGAUUCCAGCAGAUGCCGGAGUGAAAAGAAAGCCAUUAAUGAUCUAGACAGAGACUUUUGGAAUAACAAUGACAACACAGUGCAGCAGAAAUGGAGUUCCUACCCUCCCAAGGAGUUUAUACUAAACAUAUCACCUUACGCCCCAUAUGGUGAUCCACGACUUUCCCUCAAUGGCUCAUUGCUGUCAGGUGCAAAGUUGGCUGCCUCAGCCACAGCUGGGUUGGCAGGAGAGCGAGAAGGAUGCCAUGGAGAGAGGCAGCAGCUCCGAGAGGACGGCAUGAAGAGCAGCGUGUCUGCCCACAGCGAGCCCAGCAUUGGGAAGGCGGGGAGAGGCCGAUGGCAAAUGGUGCAGAGCCACCUAGCAACAGGGAAGCUCAGCUUAUCCAAUUUUGAGGAUUCCACCAUGUCCACAGCCACUACCCUUGAGUAUAUCCCCACCUCAGCAGGAGACCCGAAAUGCCAGCGCCCGCGCACCCUCUUGCGCCAGCAAAGCCUCCAACAGCCACUCAGCCAGCAUCAGAACCCCGGCCACAGCCAGCCCACCACCAGCCAGAGCCUGGGUCACCUGCAGUCCCACACCAGCUCCUCCUCAGCCACUGGCAACCCUCGGGGCUGUCGGAGUGGGCAGUCACGGCAAGGGACCUCCGCUGGCUCCAAGCAGAGGACAGCUGGUGGCCGUAGCCGCUCCAACCCUGGGAGCUGGGAUCAUAUGGUGGGGCAGAUUCGGAACCGAGGCUUGGAUAUGAAAUCUUUCCUGGAAGGCCGUAUGGUGGUGCUAUCACUUGUUUUGGGGCUCUCAGAACAGGACGACUUUGCCAAUAUACCUGAUCUACAAACCACUGGGAACCAGCAGAACCAGAAUUCUCAGGGGGACAAGAGAUUACCCUCUGGAGGGAAAGUUGUCAACACAACACCAGUGCUAGGUCAGACCCAGCAUGAGGAGACUGAUCACAAAACAGAGCCCCGUUCAUCUGUCUCAGACCUUGUAAAUUCCCUUACUAGUGAGAUGUUGAUGCUUUCCCCUGGAUCUGAGGAUGAUGAGGGACAUGACAGCUCCAGCCGAGAGAAUCUGGGCCGCAUCCAAUUUAGUGUUGGCUAUAAUUUCCAGGAAUCGACUCUCACUGUCAAAAUACUGAAAGCUCAGGAGCUGCCAGCCAAGGAUUUCAGUGGCACAAGUGACCCUUUUGUCAAAAUUUAUCUCCUGCCAGAUAAAAAGCAUAAACUGGAGACAAAGGUGAAAAGGAAGAACUUAAAUCCACAUUGGAAUGAGACCUUUCUUUUUGAAGGUUUCCCAUAUGAGAAAGUGGUUCAGCGGGUGCUGUAUCUACAGGUCUUGGAUUAUGAUCGGUUUAGUCGUAAUGAUCCAAUUGGAGAAGUUUCCAUUCCUCUCAACAAAUUGGACUUGACUCAGAUGCAGACUUUCUGGAAAGAUCUAAAGCCCUGCAGUGAUGGGAGUGGAAGCCGAGGAGAACUACUUCUGUCCCUUUGCUACAAUCCUUCUGCUAACUCCAUUACUGUGAAUAUUAUCAAAGCUCGGAAUCUUAAAGCCAUGGAUAUUGGGGGAACAUCAGAUCCUUAUGUGAAGGUGUGGCUGAUGUACAAAGAUAAGCGGGUGGAAAAGAAGAAGACAGUGGUAAUGAAGCGAUGCCUGAACCCAGUCUUCAAUGAAUCCUUCAUAUUUGACAUCCCCACAGAGAAGCUGAGGGAAACCACCAUAAUCAUUACGGUCAUGGAUAAGGACAAGCUGAGCCGGAAUGAUGUCAUUGGAAAGAUCUACCUGUCGUGGAAGAGUGGACCAGGCGAAGUGAAGCACUGGAAGGAUAUGAUUUCACACCCUCGCCAGGCGGUGGCACAGUGGCAUCAGCUGAAGGCUUGAGAGGCAGAAGCCAAGGUCUCGCUCUGGGGUUGGGUGCACCAAGUCAGCAUUUAUUGGCUACACUCUCAUGACAUGACUUUAUGCACAGCGGCUGCACUGAGGUGUCCUCGUGAGAGAAAAGCUUGGGGAUGGACGAACAGAGGCUAAGAGAGUAAACCUGAAAUAUGUACUAA